AUGAAGCGUGUGCAGAAUCCACAGAUAUGUCAUGGCCAUUCACGUCCAAUUGUAGAGCUCGCUUAUAGUCCGGUCACUCCUGAUGGGUACUUCCUCACAAGCGCAAGCAAGGAUGGGUUACCCAUGCUCAGAAAUGGAGCCAACGGAGACUGGAUUGGCACUUUCCAGGGGCACAAGGGAGCAGUCUGGUCAUGCAGGCUCAACAGCACAGCAAUGCUGGCAGCCACGGCGUCUGCAGAUUUUUCGGCAAAGGUGUGGGACGCCAUCACGGGGGACGAGCUCCACCACCUGGAGCAUGGACACAUUGUGCGCACAGUGCAAUUUGCGCAGCAGACGUCCAAACUUGUCACAGGAGGGUAUUUUCAGCAGCGGUUGCGAAUCUACGACUUGCAGAAGAUGGACAGCGAGCCGGCGACGGUCAGGGACGUGCCUGACAAGAUCCGCUGCGCGGCCUGGCACCAAAAUGACGCCCUGCUGCUCACUUCCUACACAGACCAACCCGGCAUAGGUGUGUGGGACAUCAGGACAGCCGGUCUGGUGAAGACUCUGGCGACUGGGAAGGAGGUGACAUCCAUUGAGAUAUCUCAGGAUGGCCGCUACAUCACCAGCGCUGACGGCACUGAGGUGAGGUUCUGGGAUGGGGAGAGGCUGGAGCCAAUAAAGGUGUUCAGCCAGCCCUACAGCGUGGAGUCGGCCAGCUUCUGCCCGGAGAAGGGGCGCUUUGUGGCGGGCGGCGGCGACAUGUGGGCGCACCUGCACGACUACGAAACUGGCGCUGAGCUGGAGUGCAACAGAGGUCACCACGGACCGGUGCACACGAUAAGGUUUGCGCCCGGCGGCGACUCGUAUGCCUCUGGCUCAGAGGACGGCACCAUCCGCAUCUGGGAGACAGACUAUGCGCUGAAGACUGAGAAUGGGGAAGCCCCUGCAGCACCUGCUGUGAAUGGCUCAUAGCGACAGCAAGCAUGCAGCUGAUGGGGAAAUGCAGGACGUGCGCAAUUCCUUUGCCUCAAAUUACUUGCCGUCAAUAAUGCAGGCAGUCUUGUGGUAUGUGCCCAUCUGUGCCAUGGGAACCGAUGAAGCCUCACUGCUUUUUGAGGGCCACAUCACCGGUGUGUGAGGCUUUCAAAUCAAAAGAGAAUGAAGUUGUGCUCUAAUAAACUCUCUAAUAAACUCCCAGACAUAGAGGUGCAGACGGAAACUUCCGCUGUGGAGGCAACACGGAUGCGAGAAUUGCCUCUUCCUGUGAGGUUGAAUACAGAAAGUCUAGACCAUCGCAUACUCACAGCUGUUUCUUCAAGUUGAAUGUAAAAGUAAACUUGAU